AUGACAGAAACAGCCGAAACACACACACCGGUUGCACCAAUAACAAUAGUAAAAAAUCCUGUUGUUCGCUUCAAUGUCGAUCAACAAUGUCCUAUUCAGUAUGUUACUGUCUACAACGAUCGUGCAGAGGUAACACGACUUCUACGACAUCAUUUCGAUGUCGAAGGUACCUAUGACCUCGUACUGGAUGAUUUUUCUACAUUUGUCGAUGAAACAUCGUUGCAUGUCAGUGGUGGAACGGGGAAAUCAUGCACCAUCCUUGAAGUUUCAUAUCAAACGCGACAUGAAGAUGUCACUCCGUUAUCAGAUGUGACACCUCUCGAUCAUCUUCAAAGGCAACUUGAAAGCGUGCAAACUAACAUAGAGAUACAUAAGCGUGAACUAGCACGACUCACAAAACAACGAGAAUGGCUCGAUGGACGGUCGACCAAAUUAAUGAAUCAAAAUGGGCCAUGUAUGACCAGCGAUAUGGAGAAUAUGCAACAAUUUCUCGAGUUCUACCACAAAACACUAUUGAAACUCGACGAUGAAACAGUUCGCGAAGAAGAUGAAGUCAAGAAAUUGAGUAUUCGUCAAGACGCGUUGAAAGCUCAAAUCAAUGAACAUGGGCUGCAGCUCAAGCGAAUCGACGAAAGACAUGUCGAGAAGUGA